AUGGUGUCUUCUCUGGAAAACCUCCCAGAAUGCCUCUCAGAGAAGAAGCUCCAGAUCGCACGCAGAUUUGUGUCCUCUCUAAAGCGUCAGACCUCCUUCUUACACCUUGCCCAGAUUGCAAGACCAGCUCUUUUUGACCAGAAUGUGGUGAACUCAAUGGUGGUGGAUAUAGAUAAAGUGGAUUUGAACAGCAUAGGGUCACAAGCCCUUCUCACCAUCUCAAGUGGAGACCAAGACUCUGACCUCUACUCUGAAUAUGACUCAAUAACAGUGUUCCAAGAGCUGAAAGACCUACUGAAGAAGAAUGCCACUGUGGAAUCCUUUAUCGAGUGGCUGGACACUGUUGUGGAGCAGAAAGUCAUAAAGCCUGGGAAGCAGAAUGGACGGUCUAUGAAGAAGAGAGCUCAGGACUUCCUCCUCAAGUGGAGUUUCUUUGGAGCACGCGUUAUGCACACCCUCACGUUGAACAACGCCACCAGUUUUGGUUCGUUCCAUCUCAUCCGCAUGCUGCUGGAUGAGUAUAUCCUAUUGGCUAUUGAGACACAAUUCAACAACAACAAAGAACAAGACCUUCAGAAUCUCCUAGAUAAGUACAUGGGAAAUGCAGAUGCCAGCAAGGCGGCAUUCACUGCCUCCCCCAGCUCCUGUUUCCUAGCCAACCGUAACAAGCCCAGUGCGGUGUCCAGUGAUCUGUCUGUGAAGAACGAGUCCCUCUCAGAACACACAUACAUGACCCUGUCAGCCAAUCAUCAGCAGGCGCUGGGAGCAAACAUGGCCAUCUACCAGGGCUCUGAAACCGAUGGAUUCUGCCUAUCAGGACAAAUUUACUUUUCUCAGAACAGUGGCCCUCUGAUGACCCCUCCCAUCUCCCCAGCCAUGGUGAACAGGGGCAGUGUCAUCAACCAGGGCACCAUGGCCAUCAGACCCCAGAGCGCCUGCACCACCAUCCAGCCCCACAUCUCCUGCCAAGCCUUCCCAGACACCAUGUACCAGAGCCUCCCUCCCAGCAGCCCCAGCUACUACCCCACCACCUCCAACUACCAGGCUGUGACACACGCCCAGGCCCCGGCCUACCACACCCGCUCUGACAGCAGCCACUACCCGUCAUUCAGUGAACAGCACCUGGCCAAAGACUACUUCGACAGCAGCUGUGCAGUGUCCCCCUACAGCUCCAGACACACCUCCAAUUACAGCACAGUCCCUGAUCCUGGGAUGGAGACUCAGGGGGUUGAGCUACUGGACUCUGUAGGAUACAACUUUGAUGGGAGUGGGUUAAACAGUAGUGGCUGUCAGGAGCCUGCCUACUCAGCAGCAGGACACAAUGGGUACUAUGGAAACAGUAGCUACCUGGAUAGCCAGACGCUGGGUUCCAUGAUAGACCAGCAUGUGUCAGUUAUCAGCAGUGUGAGCAGUAUCCGCUCAGUCCCAGCGUACGGUGAAGUACACGACCCCCUCAACAUCCUGGAUGACACGGGCAGGAAGACGGCUGGGCCUUACUACACUGAGUCUGACUCACUGGGCUCCCACACACCUGGAGCUCUUCCCCUCCCCUCCUCGGUCUCUGCACCCUGCAUGUACGGAGGUCCUGCCCAGUUCCACUCCCAGGAUGCACUGCUUCCUCACCGGGUACCAUCUGAGGUACGGGACAUGAUGUCAUCGCUGCCCCCCAUCAACACUGUGUUCAUGGGGUCUAGUGGAGGAGGAACGUGAGCUGUGACUGUCCCUCCCACCACCAACACUCCUCAAGCUCCUCCCACACCACACCACUCAGUCACUGUAAACAGUGACUCAGAUCACAGACAGAAAUAUGCUCAGUGUAUCUCUCUUGUGUAGCCUUAGCGUUGUGGAAACUACUCUGAAAAUGUAGUUUACCAAGUUACCAAUUACUUCAUACCGGAAGAAGUUGAGCUACACUAAAGCUACCCUUAAGAAAAUGUUACUUUCAAAAAGUAGUUCACUACAUCCAAACUACUUUGUGAUCAAUAGUUAUAUCUAAAUCUGAAAUAUCAUAGAAAUUGCUAGACAGAUCACUCUGUCGUCAGAUGUUAACAGAAUGUUUAUUUUAGCCUAUUAAACACAAAAACUAUGUUUCAAGUGAUAAUUAGGAAGGUUUGAUGGCAAAAAAAAAGGAAUUUCUUGCCUACUUCACCCAUACGAACUACGAAAAACACCACGAUUAGAAUUGAGUUCAACUACCACCAAGAUACUGCAAAAUGUAGUUAAAUUACUAGUUGAACAUGUAGUUCACUACUCCCCCCACACUGUGUAGCCAAUAUAUAUUUUGUAAAUUGAUGAAGGCCUCAGCUGUUCAAUGUUCAGUGAAAUAUUUUAUUGAACUGAAUUAAUUAAUCAUUUGCAAUUCAACCAUUUUAAUAUAAUUCAAUCUGUUAAUCUUAAUGUGGCCAGAGGAGACUUUGUAAGUUAACAUGUAAAUAAAUAUCCGUAGAAUAAAGCGAGUAGUGUCAAAUUUGAAAUUGUUGGAGGCAUAAUCAGUCAACACUGCAAGAUAGGUUUGAUUGAUUAUGACAAGUUAAAAAAAUACCAUGUUAUUUAUUUGAGUUGCCUUUAUAGCCUAUUACGGUGUAAUAUUAAUGUCGGAAAUGUAAACUUGUACUUAUCUGUAUAUGGCC